UGGCCAGCCUGGCAAGAGCCGCAGGGCACAUUUCGGGGAGCUCCAAAUCAAUAUACACAAGCUCAAGCUUUGUCAAUUCAAACAUCACGAUUGAUGAUUAGCGGUUGACCCUCUGUUUUUUUCUGCUUCCCCCCAAACUCUGUGCACUUGCGACCACUGUCAUCCCGCAUGGUAGCCUCCUUCAGGGAUUCUUAACUUCGACCCCACUACCUCGAUAUCACCGCCCUUGCUGGACAGCUUGCAACUUCAACUGCGCAACGCGACAGCGACGACACACGACAAGAUGAAGUUAGACGUCAAGCGCCAGCUCUACGCUCGCAGUGAGCGAGUCAAGGGCAUUGACUUUCAUCCUCACGAGCCAUGGAUCCUCACAACCCUCUACAGCGGCCACGUCUACAUCUGGUCCCACGAAACCCAACAGAUCGUCAAGACCUUCGAGCUCACCGAUGUCCCCGUUCGCGCCGGUCGAUUCAUCGCCAGGAAAAACUGGAUUGUCUGCGGUUCCGAUGAUUUCCAACUACGAGUCUACAAUUACAACACCUCCGAGAAGAUCACCUCCUUCGAGGCGCACCCCGACUACAUUCGAGCUAUCGCCGUUCACCCCACACAGCCGUUCGUCUUGACUGCCUCCGAUGACAUGACCAUCAAGCUUUGGGAUUGGGAGAAGGGUUGGAAGUGUGUGCAGGUCUUUGAGGGUCAUGGUCACUAUGUCAUGGGUUUGGCCAUCAACCCCAAGGAUACAAACACCUUUGCUUCGGCUUGUCUUGAUCGAACUGUCAAGAUCUGGAGCCUUGGAUCUUCUACUCCUAACUUCACCCUCGAGGCACAUGAGACCAAGGGUGUUAACCACGUCGAUUACUACCCUCACUCCGACAAGCCCUAUCUCCUCACCACAUCUGACGACCGAACUGUCAAGAUUUGGGAUUACACUACAAAGUCCCUGAUCGCUACCCUCGAAGGUCACACCAACAACGUUUCGUUUGCCUGCUAUCACCCCGAAUUGCCCGUCAUCAUCUCCGGUUCCGAGGACGGUACGAUAAGAAUAUGGCACGCCAACACCUACCGAUUCGAGCAAUCCCUUAACUACAGUCUAGAGCGAGCUUGGUGUGUCUCGUAUCAAAAGGGCAAGCAGGGUGUCGCUGUUGGUUUCGAUGAUGGUGCUGUUGUUGUCAAGCUUGGUCGCGAGGAGCCUGCUGUUUCCAUGGAUGCGUCUGGCAAGCUCAUCUGGGCCCGACACAACGAGGUUGUCUCUUCAAUCAUCAAGGGAGGAGAUGCCUCUAUUAAGGACAACGAGCCAAUCUCCCUCCCCACCAAGGAUCUCGGUACCUGCGAAGUCUACCCCCAAACGCUUAUCCACUCCCCCAACGGUCGAUUCGUCGCUGUCUGCGGUGAUGGCGAAUACAUCAUCUACACUGCCCUCGCCUGGCGAAACAAGGCUUUCGGUUCAGCACUCGACUUUGUCUGGGCCUCCAAGGACAACAGCAACGACUUUGCUAUCCGAGAGUCAGCCAUGAGCGUCAAGAUCUUCAAGAAUUUUGUCGAGAAGAGCGGCGGACUCGAUGUUGGUUUCCAGGCCGAGAGACUCCAUGGUGGCGUUCUUCUCGGUGUCACAGGUCAAGGUGGUGUCUCUUUCUUCGACUGGGCUACUGGUGGUCUCGUUCGAAGAAUUGAGGUUGAGCCUAAGCAGGUCUACUGGUCUGAUAGCGGCGAGUUGGUGACAAUUGCUUGUGAGGAUACCUUUUACGUUCUGCGAUUCUCUCGCGAGAACUAUGUUGAGGCUGUCCAGUCUGGUGAAGUUGAGGAGGAUGGUGUCGAGGCCGCUUUUGAGGUUAUCACUGACAUUAGCGAGUCUGUCCGAACUGGCGAAUGGAUCGGCGACUGCUUCAUCUACACCAACAGCACUAACCGACUCAACUACCUUGUCGGCGACCAGACCUACACUGUCUCCCACUUCGACAAGCCCCAGUACAUCCUGGGCUACAUUCAGCGCGAUUCUCGAAUUUACCUUGCCGACAAGGAUGUUAACGUCACUUCCUUCGGUCUGUCCCUUCCCGUUCUCGAGUACCAGACUCUUGUCCUCCGAGAGGAUAUGGAGACAGCCGCUGAGCUGCUACCAACAAUUCCCCACGACCAACUCAACAAGAUUGCGCGAUUCUUGGAAGGUCAAGGCCAUAAGGAGCUUGCCUUGGAGGUUGCGACAGAUCCUGAGCACAAGUUUGAGCUUGCACUGGCAUUGAAUGAGCUUGCUAUUGCUUUGGACCUUGCUCGUGAGGCUGAUGCCGAUCACAAGUGGAAGACUGUUGGCGACGCUGCUCUAUCAGCCUGGGAUGUCGCCCUUGCUGCUGAGUGCUUCACCCACGCCAAGGAUCUCGGAUCUCUCUUGCUUCUCCACUCAUCAACAGGUGACCGCGAUGGUCUCGCUGCUCUUGCGGCUCAAGCACAAGAAGCCGGCUCUCACAACGUCGCCUUCUCGUGCCAAUGGCUCCUCGGCAACAUCGAAGCCUGCACAAAGAUCCUCACCGAGACAGGCCGUCUCGCCGAAGCCGUCCUCUUCUCUCAGACCUACCAGCCCAGCCUGACUGUACCGGUAGUACACGAGUGGAAGGAGAACCUGGAGAAGAACAAGAAGGCCAGGGUGGCCAAGUUGAUCGGUGUUCCCGGUGAAGACGACGAGCUCUUCCCCGAGUGGGAUGAGUGGCUCAAACUUGAGAAGGAGGGCGGCGUGAGUGUGACGGAGCCCGUUAAUGGACAGAAGGCUGAGAGCGAGCCGGAAGCUGAGGAUGAGGAGAGUGAGGAGGACGAGGAGUAGAAUGUGAUAUGUGAUUUUUAUGCUUAGAUGGCUGGUGUAGAAAAGGAUUGGUCAUUUCGUCAGGGUUGCUAUGGCAUCAAUGAGUAUAAUGAAAAGAAACAUGGCAGUUA